AAAACGAUCCCAUACCUCCAAAACGAUCUCAUCCUAUUCUCAUUUCUCACUUGAGACACCCCAACCCUGCGCCGUCUGUCUCUCUCUAAUCCCCUUGCCCCCCAUCCCUCUCCUCGGCGGCUGCUCUCCCGCCGCCUACACCGCCCACGCCGCAUCGUUGGGAUUGAGUCGGGUCGGGUGAGGUCGCGGGGUGGAGUCAAUGGCGGAGCUGGUGGGGCCGCGCGUGUACAGCUGCUGCAACUGCCGGAACCAAGUCUGCCUCCACGACGACAUCAUCUCCAAGGCCUUUCAGGGGAGGAACGGUCGUGCCUUUCUGUUCUCUCAUGCCAUGAACAUAGUUGUGGGGGCGAAGGAGGAUAGGCAUCUCAUGACAGGGCUACACACGGUUGCUGAUAUCUACUGCAAUGACUGCCGUGAAGUGUUGGGCUGGAAAUACGAGAGAGCAUAUGAGGAGACGCAGAAGUACAAGGAAGGGAAGUUCAUAUUUGAGAAGUCAAAGAUUGUCAAGGAGAACUGGUAGUAUCCAAGAUUAGGCACAUGAAACUUUGUGCUGAAGAUGAAGUAUUCAUUGUUACAUGAUCAUUAGUGUGUUUUGGAUGUUUAUGUCUUUGUAAAUAGCUGUCAUCCAUGGGUUCCAAUCCAACGGCUGCAUGACACCUGUAAAGAACACUUGUUCCUGUUUGUUUCUGUGAAUAAGAUACGCCCUGUGGCUAUUCGUUCUGGAAA